UCCACACCCCCCUGGACGUUGGGCCCGUCAAGUGUUCCCUGUUGGAUGUGUUAAAGGAUUUUGCCUCCAUCGACAGAAAACGUGGAGGGGAUAACUUUUUGGAAUUUGGCCUUGGGGUUCCUCUUUGACGUUGCGCUCCGUGCCGGCUUCGACGCUCCCUCACGCGCUCACGCUCGCCCUGAAGACAAACUGAGGAUUUAAGAAGUGUCCAAGGCUUGCUCAUGAUGUACAGCUUCAUGGGAGGGGGGCUGUUUUGCGCCAUCGUGGGGAACAUCUUGCUGGUGGUCUCCACAGCAACCGACUACUGGAUCCAGUACCGCCUGUCAGGCAGCUUCGCCCACCAGGGACUGUGGAGGUACUGCAUGUCGGGCAAGUGCUACAUGCAGACCGACAGCAUCGCCUACUGGAACGCCACGCGUGCCUUCAUGAUCCUGUCGGCCAUGUCCUGCUUCGCCGGCAUCAUCGCAGGGAUCCUGUCCUUCGCACACUUCUCUGCCUUCGAAAGGUUCAACCGCUCCUUCGCUGCUGGGAUCAUGUUCUUUGUUUCGACUCUCUUUGUUCUGCUUGCGAUGGCCAUCUACACCGGCGUGACCGUCAACUUCCUGGGCAAGCGCUUUGGUGACUGGCGCUUCUCCUGGUCCUACAUACUGGGCUGGGUGGCGCUGCUCAUGACCUUCUUUGCAGGUAUAUUCUACAUGUGCGCCUACAGGAUGCAUGAGUGCAGAAGAGUGGCUGGCCCACGUUGACAAGGAUGCCAAAGCCUUCCAAAAUAAAGCAACCAAAUGCCUACCA